UUCCAGUCUGGGGGUCCAGCCUCCGCGAACGGGCGCAUUAUGGGUGAUAGCCCAACGGAGAGAGAGUCCAUUGCUAUUUUGGUCUCCCUCAAAUGACUUCAAUACAAGCUUUUACAGGUAUCGUCUAUCGGUCGAAGCGCCACUGUCUUCCAAUUCUGCCCGCCAAGAACCCACUCGUCAUGAGUGUACGUCACCCUGCGAAACCACCGACAUGAAUAAUUGACGGGUCAAUUGGCGACCACCACUGUUUGUAUGGCCAUGCAUGCCACAUCUCGCAUAGAUUUUGUCGGUCUUCAGCACGGCGCACAGUAUGAUCGGCAGCAUGCAGGUGAUGAUUCCCGCCGUCAAUCUCCGCCGACGUACACAACACUAUGUUUAUCGGCUAUCUCGUGCAAACCGUCCUCACAUGCUGCUUUCGUCCACCGCCAGAGUCAACAUUCCGCGCCACCCUGUUUGUUGACCGCGUACACGCGUCUUCCAGCAGCGACACGUCUCUGCUCCAAAGGUGACGAUUUUUGUCCGGGAAAAUUUCUUGGGGACUUUAUUGUGAACUUAUGGAUGUGUAUGGAGUACGCCCUUGGUCCAAGCCUACUCGGGAGGUUGACAGCUUACUGGUGGGGCAGAUCAACUCAAAGCUUGGAGGGAAUAUCCUUGCUUGCAUUCCUGAAUACACUAGCCUCACCCAACGAAAAAUUCCAUCAUGGCUACACUUAUCAAAUGAGCCAUGAAGCCGUUUCGGAGGGACCCGUGCUCUUCCAUGCGCUUUCCCAUCAGCGGCUUCGACAUUGUCCCUCCAUCAGAAGUGCUUGAGAAGCGAUUCGAGCAUUUGGACAGAAAUGAUACUAUCCUAUCAAUAUUGGCGACGUGCCCAAUGCCAAGUAUCAGAUAAUUAGUAUCAUAGAGAUUGGGACUAUCUCAAUGGUAUGGCUCGCUCGUGAUCUGGGGUAAAUUCGGGUAGUUCUACCUAUGCGAGCUAUACGCUGACCCACCCCACCCAACC